AUGAGGAACGCACUCAUCAGUUCCCACACACCCUUAGCAAACCCAAUUAAUCUCAUUGUUCCAAAGUUUCAAUCAAUCAGAUCCUCCACCAUCCAAAUGGGGGAUUUCAUCUUCUCCUUCAAGACCCAGGAAUAUGCUCUCCAGAGAGCAAAACACAACAAGAAGAGGCUAACUGAGGACCAGGUUGCCAUUCUCGAGAAGUGCUUUGCCUCCAACAUGAAGCUUGAACCGGAGCAGAAGUUCCACCUUGCAAACCAACUUGGUGUUCCUCCAAGACAAGUUGCCAUUUGGUACCAGAACAAAAGGGCACGCUGGAAGACUCAGAGCCUUGAGGUGGACCAUGGUGUGCUUCAGGCAAAGCUGGAGAAUGUGAUGGCUGAAAAGAAGCAGCUAGAGAGAGAUGUGGAGAGGCUCAAAGCUGAGCUGCAGAAAGCACAAGAGAUGAUUCUAAUUGGCAAUGUUGUCAAAGGUGGAGACAAUAGCGAUAAUAAUAAUCAUAAUCAUCAUAAUAACAAUAAUACUAAUAAUGGUUCUUGUUGUGAGUUUUCAACUUCUUUUGAAGAGGGAGGGAGCUCAGGGGUAGUGCUUGAUGAUGCUACUCAUCAUCAUGAGUGUUGGCAAAGUGGUGAGGUUAUGCAGGUUGAGGAGCUUUAUGCUUACUUCAUGGGUGCAAAUUAUGGGUCAAGCUUGCAUGAGAAAAGGGCAUAA